UUGAAGGUGUUUUAUUUCACAUUCUCUCUUUCGUCGUCUUUUGUUAGAGAGGAGGGAGAUGGCGACGGCGUCGUUAAGGUGGAUCCUGCAGCUUCACAGAGACGUACCAAAAGCUGCUCGAUUCUACGCGCAAGGUCUCGACUUCUCCGUCAAUGUCGUCACCUUACGCUGGGCUGAGCUCGAUUCUGGUCCUCUCAAGCUAGCCCUUAUGCAAUCUCCUAGUGAUCAUAUUGCGGAGAAGGGAUACUCAUCGCUUCUGUCAUUCACGGUUACGGACAUCAAUACAACAGUGAACAAACUUAUGGCCUUAGGAGCAGAAUUAGAUGGCACUAUCAAGUAUGAGAUUCAUGGAAAGGUUGCGGCCAUGAGAUGCCCCGAUGGUUACAUGUUAGGCCUUUAUGAGGCUGCGUAGGCAUAUAAUCGGAUUUGAAGCCUGAAAGGAAGCCACUAUUAGAGAAGUUGAAAAAGGUGAAACUUUGAGGCCCAAGAGACCAACCGCAUGUCCCGCACUUAGUUUAUAGGACGCGACUAGGAAGUUUAUUGAGUAAAAGAUUGUACCAUAAACUUGGGGAUCCUAAACACAUCUUAGGGAAAUUAUGAUUCUGAUAAGGCUUAAAUGACGAUACCAAAGGACCAGAUAGAUAAAUAGGUAACUUUUACAUGCUACUCAACUUUUUCGUUGUGGAGGAGAUAAGUUUAUAUUGGUUCAUGUUUAACUUGCUCUUCAUAUUGUUUCUUUAGGAAACUUUUCUUCUCAAGUCAAUGUUCCCUUCAUUGUAUAUAAUAAUAUCCUGAAAGUGACGGAUUCAUUUC